AUGCCUCAAACGAACAAAUCAACGAAACCGAGCUAUAAUUCGAAGGACUCUGACGAGUCGGGAACGCCGUCGAAUAAUCUAUGGGUCGGAAAUUUGUCGACUGAUGUAACGGAUUCAGAUUUGAUGAAUUUAUUUGCAAAACACGGCGCAAUGGAUAGCAUAACGACAUACUCAUCUCGGAGCUACGCGUUCGUGUACUUUAAGCGAAUCCAGGAUGCGAAAUCGGCCAAGGAAGCGUUGCAAGGGAUGGUUCUGAAAGGGAAUGCGAUUAAGAUUGAGUUUGCCAAACCGAUUCUCCUUAAAUCAGAAUUCUUGAUCACAACAAAUGAACAUGGCAUCAAAGCUAAACCAUCUAAGAGCUUGUGGGUAGGCGGAAUCGGCCCAUCUGUUUCAAAAGAAGAACUGGAAGAAGCAUUUCUCAAAUUUGGUAAACUACAGGAGUUCAAAUUCCUGAGGGACCGCAACACUGCCUUUGUUGAAUAUUUCAGAUUGGAAGAUGCUUCUCAAGCAUUGAAAAGUAUCAAUGGAAAACAAAUAGGUGGUGACCAGAUACGUGUUGAUUUCCUGAGGUCACAACCUUCAAGAAGAGAGCACUGGUCUGACCUCCGUGAUUCAAGGGAGGGGCUGUUUCUUAGCAGGAGCAUGGGCCCUCCUGAUUCACCAUGGAUGCCACAAGAUUUCAUGGGAAAUUACCAUGAGCCUACCCAUGCUGGGUCCAAAAGACAACAGCAUUCUCAAUCUUCGGGAGGGCGAAAAGUGGAUGGGCAGCCAAGUAAAGUCUUAUGGAUAAGUUACCCGCCUUCUGUUCACAUUGAUGAACAGAUGCUGCACAAUGCCAUGAUUUUAUUUGGUGAGAUUGAAAGAAUAAGAUGUGUUGAUUCAAGGCACUACUCUCUUGUUGAAUUCAGAAGUGUAGAUGAAGCACGACUUGCUAAAGAAGGAUUACAGGGCAAGCUAUUCAAUGAUCCGAGAAUAUCGAUUGAGUUUUCAAGCAACGACCCUGUGCCGAACAAUGAUUUUCCUGGAUUUUAUCCAGCAAUAAAAGGGCCGGGGCUGGAUAUGUUUUCUAAUGAACUUCCAUUUUUACCUGCACAGAUGGAUGUGUAUGGUAAUAAGCGCCCAAUGGUAACGAAUAGUUUUCCUGGACCUUUACCUCCCCGUGGUAUUCAUGGACCUGAUGUAUUGAUGAGGCCUUUGGGUCCUCAAGGUAGCUUUGAGCCUUUACUUCCAGGCCCUGAAUUCAGUGAUGUGGCCACACUUGAUAAAUUUCCGGGCAACAAUCCCCACACUGUGAUGAGUGGUCUGAAUUGGAGGUCAUCUCCUGCACCUGGGAUACUCUCUUUUCAUCCGGCAGGUAUGAGACCACCCAUCAGAAACUCAUCCGGUGGGUGGGAUGUUUUUGAUGCAAAUCAACUUCUUAGGGAAUCUAAGAGGUCAAGGAUUGAUAGUACUUUGGCUUUUGAAGCUUCUAUACCUCUUAGAAAAAUAGAUGACCGGGGCCUGGGGCUGGACCAAUUAUACGGACUUGCUCCACAAGGUAAUGGUGGUGCUUCAGCUCCACUUGCAAAUUUUAAAGGGAAAAAUCGCCUUAGUCCUGUUGAUGCUAGAGUUACAGCUGCUGGAACUGGUCAGGGCCAUCCAGAUCAUGAUUUUGUAUGGCGUGGCGUUAUUGCUAAGGGUGGAACACCUGUUUGUCGUGCUCGUUGUGUUCCUAUCGGGGAGGGGAUUGAGUCUGAAAUCCCUGAAGUUGUUAAUUGCUCGGCUCGAACUGGAUUGGACAUGCUAACAAAGCAUUAUGCUGAUGCUGUUGGAUUUAGUAUUGUUUUCUUUUUACCUGAUAGCGAAGAGGAUUUUGCUUCGUAUACAGAAUUUCUGCGCUACUUGGGGACCAAAGACCGGGCAGGUGUUGCAAAAUUUGAUGAUGGGACCACCUUAUUCUUGGUGCCUCCAUCUGAUUUCCUUACAAAGAUUUUGAAUGUUGCGGGGCCUGAACGUCUCUAUGGAGUGGUUCUAAAGUUUCCAGAACAUGCCCCUAGUGGCAAAUCAGAGCAGCCACAGUCACUUCAGCCUCAUUAUGUUAGUAGGCAGAACAUUCCUUCUUCACAAACUCAGUAUACUGCAAUACCCCAGGAAGAAAGAGUUUUGCAAGAAGAUUAUAAUAGGGUUGCACAUGAGGACUCAAAGCCCCUUCCAAAGCUGCUUGGUUCUCUGACCAGCGAUUCAAUGAAUGAUGUGCAUUCUGUUCCCCCAAUUAGUAGUACAGCAGUGUCUCAAGCUGGAGUGACUUUAACACCCGAACUUAUUGCCACUCUAGCUUCUUUGUUACCCACCAGUGGAAAGUUUUCUGUUUCAGAAAGUGCCCGACCAACCGUGGGAUCUUUGACGUCGGGGCCUUUGUUAACUCCUACUGCUAUGCCUGAUAAAGGAGUCCCACAUGAAUGGACACAUAACCGUCAAGCCCCUGAACAACCUGUUCAUUCAGUGCAACAAUUAGGUAGCCAGUUUAAUCCCCAAGAACAAGUCCUAUCGCAACUCCAGGCUUUCCCUACUGCCUCAAAUGCACCUAACCAUUAUGCACAAGGGGUCAUUGGUCGCCCCGAAAUUCAAUACCAAACUUUCAACUUGCCACAGCAAGGUGCAGUUUCAUCUAAGCCAUCUGUUAGCUUUGCAAUCCCUUCUCAGAGUGGACAGUUUGCUCUCUCAUCUCAGGUUGACCAACAGUAUCAGCAAGUAAUGCCUCAGGAGACUCAGAAAAGCAAUGGCAUGGGACAUGGAACAGAUGCUUAUAGUAUAUAUGAUUCAUCAGUCGUUCAGCAACCUUCUAAUUCUGUGACAUCGACCAAUGUGAUUCGUGGCGCGAAUGUUUCCCAGCAGCAUACGGCCAUGCCACUGGCUUCUGAAAAAGUGAAUUUGGAGCUCACGAAUCAGGUGCAUCAACUUCAGUCUACCCUGUAUGGAGCUGGUCAGGGAACAUCGGAGGUUGAUGCUGAUAAGAAUGAGCGAUAUCGGUCAACACUACAAUUUGCAGCUAACCUCCUUUUCCAGAUCCAACAGCAGCAGCAGCCAGGUGCUCAAGCAAGGCAAGGAUCUGGUAAUCAGUAAUAAGGCUUCUUCAAGGUAAUCCUUACCCCUGUUUGCUGUGGUUCGUUUAGUGUUUAAACAUAACAUAGUUCUGGUCAAAUGUCUUUUGUGUCUAAAGCUAUGAGGGAUAGUUUAGUUUUACUUUUGUACAUGAUGGAACAUAGAAUGUCUUAUUUGUUUCCCGCCAUGGAUGUGGUUCUUUUGAUAUUUAGAUAACUUUAGGUGGUAGGGGUGCUUCUAUAAUAAGUUACUCGUUAAAGGUCAAUAGGAUUUGAAUGGCUGUUAUCUUAUAUGAGGUGCUGAGAAAAGGUUACUCACAGAUUAUUUAUUGGAGAUUGUCGAUGCAGUUUUAGCAUUAAAGAGUGGAGCAUUCCAUUUCAUGAUAUUUUUGGGGAUUUGAAACUUAGUUGAAGGAGUUAAAGGAUUGUCAGCUUCAGAAAGACUAAAAUGCAAUCGGAUUGUUUUACUGCUGACAUCUGUGUUGCAGUGGUGGUCCCUUUGUAAUGAUGGGAUGUCGUAUUGAGCUUUUCUGUGUUAGAGAUUAGGAAAGCUUGAGCAUACUAGGUAAUAGUAGUAAUAUUGCUUUCCUGGAGCAUUUUGUGCUAAUAGAUUACUUCUUCUACAUGGUUAAUUGAACUUUCAAGCCUGUCUCCGUCGUGCAGUGUUGAAAUCUCACACAAUCAUUUCUAUCCUUUGCCUUAUUGCCCGUGCGAAUAAUGCUAAGUUCAGGUUAUUGCUCCUCACUGCAUCCUGCAUCAGCAAUACCCACAUUAGCCCAUGGCUGGUUCUACUAAACGAUUGGGAUUUAUUAAAGUCGUUGGAGUCUAUUUGUAGAUGUUCAACUUUGGAUCAACCAACUGAUAUGUUGUUUCCAUGGAUGCUCUGUAGUAGUCUGAAGCAUGCAUAUUUGCCAGGAAUUUGACAUAAUUUUUUUUUUCAGCAACAACAAAAAUUGUAAUAAUAAAAAUAAAUCACAAACCUUGAUUCACACAGAAAUGGUGAAACCCACACAAUUCCUGAAUAAUCUUCUCCAUAAUCAUAGGUCAACUGUAUAAUGUAGGAAAGAUCCUCUUUCCUGCUACGCAUAAUGCAACACUGUGUUUAGUAAAUGUAGUUAGGUUUGCUUACUGAAAUAAAACCUUAGUAUUGAGUCUCUUAUGAGCAACUGACUGAGAGAAAACUUGGACUUUAAGGGGCACAGUUGCUUUUUGAAUCAUCUUUGAAGGGAAAAAUCAUGGAAUUGGGAUGGUCAUCAAUCAGAAUAUCAAAGAAAGUUUUACAAAAGCCCCUUGAGAAAUAAUAGAUGACUUCCUUUAUCAGGAAUUGGUUGUGUAAGAAUAGCCCCAUCCAACAAAGAGAAAAAAGGAUGAAAACUCAUUGCUCUCCCUGUUAUUAAGAUUCCUACAGAAAGUUGAAUUUUCAAUUAACAGUAAAAGAAAGAGAAUGUGCCAUAGAAGCUAUUGUGACAUUAUGAGAACAAGGAAGUAAGAAUGAAAAUGAAUUAUCAUUCCUCCACGCAUCUUCUUAUAAAUCUACACACGAGACAAUUCUUAAUAAAUAGAUGUACAUGACUUCAAACAAUCCCCAAAUAGACUACAUGAGAAUUCCUGCCAGUACACCAAAUCUCAUACCUACUUUUGAUGAGGACAUACCAUAAAGCAAUCUUGAUCCUUAGGACAUCACCACAACCACUUUUCCAUCAUCCUAGUAGUGAUGUUACCUACAAGAAGGCGCCCCUUUUUUGUUUGUAUCUUGAAGUAAUUUUCCAAUUUAGCAAGUGAUCCUUUUUCCCUUUCCUACUCCCACCAACUAGAACUUUCUCAUCAAAUCUUUCAAUGAAUACUUGAGAAAGCCGACUGUAAUGUCAAUAUUCAAUGUGUUUUUUUCUUCCAUUUUGUCUCUUUCCUAUCUUCCCAAUUAUCAGGUCCCAGAAAAUUUUAGAUCUAGGGUUCUCGCCUAAGGUUUCAUUGGCUAUGUCUCAAGAGCAAACCAGAAUAUCCACCAGUCUUCCUAGCUUAUCACAUGAAGAAUUAGACCAAUAAUAGAGCUUCUAUUCAUAUUGACAUUCAAACUUGAAAUGAAUUCAAAAAUGCUCAAAAUAGGUAUUCAGUAUCGAAUUUUAGGCUCACCCCUUAUAAAAGGAAUAUGGUGCAAUCAACAAACUGUAAAUGAGAUUUUGAAACUGUCCCUUUAACCACAAAUCCUCUAUUAAAUUCACAUUCUUAGCUUUGUCCACCAAUCUUCUUAGAACAUUAACACUAAUGUAUACAAAAAAUAAGAUAAAGGAUCGUCUUGUCUAAGUCCCUUGGAAGCACCAAAAUACUUUCGUAGUUGGCCACUAACAAUAACAUAAAAAUUAGUCAAAGAUAAACAUCCAUUUAUCCACGUUUUCCAUUUAGUCUUGCCUUUAUUUUCUAACACCAUGUUAAAAAAUUCCCAUUCUACGUGAAUUGACCUUGAAAAUAAUUCCUUCCUUCAUUUUUACUUUUUUUUUUUUAUCUUGAUCGCCUUAUUAGCAACUAACACCAUAUCUAGGAUUUGACACUCCUUUUGAAAUGAAUACAAAGGUUAAACAUGCAUCCCACACUCGAAAGAUGCCCCACAUAGGUCUUCCUCGAAACCCCCCUUGGGGGGGGGGGGGGG